UGCACAACUCCUCUUUGCUCUGCACCAGAAAGGAGCAUCCUCUUCUCUCCGCCCUCCCUCUCAUUCCUAUCAUCUCUGUCUCUCUCUCGCGCUCCCUCUGUGUCAGUUGGUGUGUCCUCAGAAUGAGGUUAGCAGCACCGGCAGUCACUGCAGCAGGCGUGAGAGGCUUUCCUUCAUCUUUGUAGUGCCUACUGCGUCACUCACCUCUGCCCUCAAGAGUUGGAAGCCACCCGUCUUCACCGUCCACCUGCUUUGAUAGCGUCUCCUGAUUCCCGUCUCUCGCUCUCUCCCCUCUCUGUAGAGAUGUGGAGGACCAACAUGUAGAGGCAGCGGAGGCAACAGCUGAGCUGAGCGAUGGGAAGCCACUCAUGGAGAGGAUCUGGACCGCAGCCGUGGUGAGCCUGAGUUCUGAAGGACUUGAAGCCGUCACCGUCACCCAUCUCAGGACCUGACUACAGGGGCGCCCCGAAACUCACCUGGAUGCUCCCUAUUUCUGUUUCGUCACUUUUGCCUCUGCAUGCUGCUUGAUUUCAUCUCCUGCUGCUUCUCUCUGAAGACAUGUACCAGCCUGCGUCCAAACAUAGCGGCUACAUUUCUGGAUCCUUGUAGAGCCUCCAGAAGACAUUUCUAUUGAUUCCUUUUUUUUUCCGGAUUGACAGCAAGAUGAGAUCUUUUUUCCAUUGAUUAGCAAUAAGAAUCCAGUGCAAAAAAAAAAAAGACUCAUGAUGGGGGACUUGUCAAACAGCGAUUUUUAUUCCAAGAACCAAAGAAAUGACUCCCACCACGCAGCAGUCUUCGGCUGCUCGGUCAUGGAGCUGCGCUCAUUUAUGGAGCUGCGAGGCUCUGAGGCAGUGAUCAAGAUCCACGAGGACUACGGGGGAAUAGAGGGACUGUGCAAGCGACUGAAAACCUCACCCACAGAAGGUCUUUCGGGAGCGCAGUCUGACCUGGACAAGAGAAGAGAUGUAUUUGGGAAGAAUCUGAUACCUCCAAAGAAGCCAAAGUCCUUCCUGCACCUAGUAUGGGAGGCUCUGCAGGACGUCACCCUCAUCAUCCUCGAGGUCGCUGCACUGGUGUCGUUGGGUCUCUCCUUUUACCGACCUCCCGGAGACAGCACUGGCGCAUCAUGCGGUUCAGCUUCUGGCGGCGGCGGCGACGAGAGCGAGCACGAGGCGGGUUGGAUUGAGGGUGCCGCCAUCCUGUUGUCCGUGGUGUGCGUGGUGCUGGUGACGGCCUUCAACGACUGGUCGAAGGAGAAGCAGUUCCGUGGGCUCCAGAGCCGCAUCGAGCAGGAGCAGAAGUUCCAGGUGGUGCGAGGGAGCCAGGUCAUACAGCUGCCCGUGGCCGACAUCGUGGUCGGGGAUAUAGCGCAAAUUAAAUACGGUGAUCUGCUGCCGGCGGAUGGAGUGUUGAUCCAGGGAAACGACCUGAAGAUUGACGAGUCAUCGCUGACCGGAGAGUCAGAUCAUGUAAAGAAAGCUGCAGAUAGGGACCCCAUGUUGUUGUCCGGGACUCAUGUGAUGGAGGGGUCCGGACGCAUGUUGGUGACUGCUGUCGGUGUCAACUCUCAGACUGGCAUCAUCUUCACUCUUCUUGGAGCCAGCGUUGAGGAAGAGGAGAAAAAGGAAAAGAAAGUGAGAACAGAAGACGGGCGCCAGAAUGCAGACUACACGCAUCCCCCAAUCCACCCCAUCGCCACUAUAGCCACGGAUGGGGCUGCGAGCAUAAAUGCCCCUGGCAGUGCCAGCCUUAUUAAUGGUAAAAUGCAAGAUGGCAAUAUGGAGUGCAAUCCAAUGAAAGGGAAGAAGCAGGAUGGGGCUGCUGCCAUGGAGAUGCAGCCUCUUAAGAGUGCGGAAGGUGGCGACGAAGAAAAAGAACGGAAGAAAGUGAGCAUCCCCAAAAAGGAGAAGUCGGUGCUGCAGGGGAAACUGACCAAGCUGGCUGUCCAAAUUGGCAAACUAGGUUUGCUCAUGUCAGCCAUCACUGUCAUCAUCCUGGUCCUCUACUUCGCCAUCGACACGUUCGUCUUGCAAAAGCGCCCCUGGUUGCCCGAGUGCACCCCGAUCUACAUCCAGUAUUUCGUCAAGUUCUUCAUCAUCGGUGUGACUGUCUUGGUGGUGGCCGUGCCGGAGGGGCUGCCGCUGGCCGUCACCAUCUCCCUGGCCUACUCUGUCAAGAAAAUGAUGAAAGACAACAACCUCGUGCGUCAUCUGGAUGCGUGUGAAACUAUGGGCAACGCGACGGCCAUCUGCUCCGACAAGACGGGCACGCUCACCACCAACCGCAUGACAGCCGUGCAGUUUUACAUGUGCGACGUGCACUACAGAGAGAUUCCAGAUCCAGGCGUUCUGCCUCCGAAAGCGCUGGAUUUGCUUGUCAACGCCAUCUCCAUCAACAGUGCCUACACUUCAAAGAUUCUGCCCCCAGACAAGGAAGGCGGUCUGCCGAAGCAGGUGGGCAACAAGACCGAGUGUGGUCUCCUGGGAUUGGUCCUGGACCUGAAGCGGGAUUACCAGCCAAUACGGAAGCAGAUGCCCGAGGAGAAGCUCUACAAAGUCUACACCUUCAACUCUUCCAGGAAGUCCAUGAGCACAGUCAUCAAAUUACCAGACGGCACCUUCCGCAUGUACACCAAGGGAGCCUCUGAGAUCGUCCUCAAAAAGUGCAACUGUAUCCUCAACGAGCUCGGCGAGCCCAGGAAUUUCCGUCCCCGAGACAGGGAUGAGAUGGUGAAGAAGGUGAUCGAGCCCAUGGCAUGUGAUGGUCUCCGCACCAUCUGUGUGGCCUACCGGGACUUCUCCAGCUACCCUGAGCCUGAAUGGGACGAAGAAGGCCUCAUCCUCACAGACCUCACCGCCCUGUGUGUCGUGGGCAUCGAAGACCCCGUCAGGCCCGAGGUUCCUGGAGCCAUACAGAAGUGCCAGCGAGCCGGGAUCACAGUACGCAUGGUGACGGGCGACAACAUCAACACAGCCCGAGCCAUCGCCAUCAAGUGUGGCAUCAUCCACCCUGGAGAGGACUUCCUCUGCAUCGACGGCAAGGAGUUCAACAGGAGGAUCCGCAAUGAGAAAGGAGAGGUGGAACAGGAGCGCAUGGACAAGGUGUGGCCGAAGCUCAGAGUCUUGGCAAGGUCCUCCCCGACCGACAAGCACACGCUUGUUAAAGGCAUUAUUGACAGCACCAUGGUGGAGCAGAGGCAGGUGGUGGCUGUGACGGGGGAUGGAACCAACGACGGUCCUGCGCUGAAGAAAGCUGACGUUGGCUUCGCCAUGGGUAUCGCCGGCACAGAUGUGGCCAAAGAAGCGUCGGACAUCAUCCUGACUGACGACAACUUCAGCAGCAUUGUCAAGGCGGUCAUGUGGGGCCGCAACGUCUACGACAGCAUCUCCAAGUUUCUCCAGUUUCAGCUGACGGUCAACGUCGUUGCGGUCAUCGUGGCAUUCACUGGCGCCUGCAUCACACAGGACUCUCCGCUCAAGGCCGUCCAGAUGUUGUGGGUGAACCUCAUCAUGGACACGUUUGCGUCUUUGGCCCUGGCAACCGAACCCCCCACCGAGGCUUUGCUCAAGAGAAGACCGUACGGCCGCAACAAGCCACUCAUCUCCGGCACCAUGACCAAGAACAUUUUCGGCCACGCUGUCUACCAGCUCAUUAUCAUCUUCAUACUCUUGUUCGCUGGUGAGAAGCUCUUUGAUAUCGACAGCGGACGCAACGCUCCUCUCCACUCUCCUCCAUCCGAACACUACACUAUCAUUUUCAAUGCCUUCGUCAUGAUGCAGCUCUUCAACGAGAUAAACGCACGAAAGAUCCACGGCGAGAGGAACGUCUUUGAAGGCAUCUUCAAAAACCCCAUCUUCUACUCCAUUGUGUUCGGUACUUUCGGCGUCCAGAUUCUGAUUGUGCAGUUUGGAGGGAAACCUUUCAGCUGCCAACCUCUGGAUUUGGAAAAAUGGAUGUGGUGUGUCUUUCUGGGACUGGGAGAGCUUAUAUGGGGACAGAUUAUAUCCUCCAUACCCAACAAAAGGUUGCGCUUCUUGAAGCGGGCCGGUCAGUUAGGUAAGAAAGACGAGCUGCCCGAGGAGGACACCAACGAGGAGAAUGAGGAGAUUGACCACGCGGAGCGAGAGCUGAGGCGAGGACAGAUCCUCUGGUUCAGGGGACUCAACCGCAUUCAGACUCAGAUCGAAGUAGUCAACACCUUCAAGAGUGGCACCUCCUUUCAGGGGGUGGGAGCUCUGCGCCGUCAAUCGUCCGGCACCAGCCAGAACCAGGAUAUCCGAGUUGUGAACGCGUUCCGCAGCUCUCUGUACGAAGGCCUGGAAAAGCCCGACUCCAGAUCAUCCAUCCACAACUUCAUGACGCACCCCGAGUUCAGGAUAGACGACUCGACUCCGAACAUCCCCCUGAUCGACGACUUGGACCCCGAUUCGGCGCGCAGGAGGAGGAAGUACUCCAGCCAGCCCACGUCUCCGAACAAGAACAACAACGCCAUCGACAGCGGCAUCAACCUCACCAUCGACACCACCAAGUCCGCCGCCUCGUCCAGCCCGGCCAGUCCUCUGCACAGCCUGGAGACCAGCCUCUAACCCCGAGACCGCGGCUCAAUGUUUCCGUCGAAGACUUCGAAAGCACCAGUCGGCUGAAGAGCUUCUUCUUCUUAACCGAAGGCACAGCCGGCACCGCGGUCCUGUUGACUUCUCGGACGGUGCGAACUUGAGGAGAAAAGCAGGGGGGAGGUCUCACCACAAACUUUUCUCCCCCCUCUGGCUCCCUCUCCUGUCAAUACAGAUCAUUAUAGUUUCAAUCUAAUGAAUUAUUCUCGUCGCUCCUGCAUGAAUGUACAUUAGCCAGGUUUUAUUUCUAAGAGGUUUCUUGGUUGUGAUGGGCAGGGGCUGCUUUGGUUUUCUAACACGUGUGGCAUGAACUUUUGGAGGGAAAGACGGGGUGCAGAGUAAUAUAUUCCACUUAUAUAUUAAUAUAUUUAGAGAGAGAUUUAUCUUUGUUGGCAUGUUGCCUUGUUCCUGCUUUAAUGGCUCCUUUAUUUAUGUCAUAAAGAGAAUGUAAUUUGUUUACAGCCUCGUAGAGAUACCUCCUGGUUUCUAGAAGAUGGGAGGCAACGCUGAGCCUCCAGUGGGCGCAGCUGUUUCGGUGUUUUAUUGAAAAGAGUAAUAACGAUGUGUGCUGGACUUUGCCUGCUAUUAUGUCACAUAUUGUAGAUAUUUCUAGAGUAACAAACCAAAACAUAGUGGGUAGUCAGUGUCAUGAUCGUGGGGGUGGAGCGGAGCUUUUUUAAAGUCUUUAGUUCGGGGUACAGCGAUGAGCAGGACUUGAACAUGCGCGACCCUCAAUCCAGUCGCCGAUUUUGAUGACCUUCACAUUGAUUUAUUUUUUGGGGGGGGUUAUGGGGUGUUCCUUUCACACAGACACGGAAAAAAGAAGAAGAAGAAAAAAAAACCGGAAUGUUGCUUUGACUUUUCAAUACAAAACUUUUGUGCACUAUGAAUGAAAACUUCUGUGGUGUAGUUCUCGAUGUGCUUUUGCGUCUUUUAACCCAGCUUGUCUUCCUGCCGUCCCGAAAUAUCCAGUACUCUCGCUGCGUUCUGCUGUACGAUUAGUUGUAUUUACUGUGCUUUGACCAAUCAGACACAAGAGAGGAGCGUCGGCGCACUCAGAAGGAUUUCUACUCAUCGGCAAGCAUGAUAGGCUCAUUAUGCAACUUUAAAAAAGAAAAUACAAUACUGAUUUUUAUACUAAACUACUCCACGAUAUU